GCACGGGGUUGGCGAUUGGUGGCAUCGCGAGCGCCUUUGCCAUCGUGCUUCUGGUAGUCGUCCUCGACCUCAAGCGCCGCCAGUGUCAAGGCGAAGCCGCAUUUGACGACGCGUACGCCAACGUGCAGCCGUCGCCGAAUCGCCACGCGCAGACUGUGUACGUCUACCCGCGCAGCUCCCCGUCACAAAUCCUGUACUACACUUCGUGGUUUCCUGGGGCGGCGACCGAUGAUUUCUUUGUCGACGACGGGUCGAUCGCGGAGGCGGUUGCUGUCGAGCCCUCGUCGCAGGCCUUGGUGGCGUCCAUUUAG